AUGGCGGGGGCCGUCAAGCGCGCGAUGCGGCGGGCCCCGGAAGGGAACCCGACGAGCCUGCACGAGACCGGCCGGGCGGCGCGGAUGGCGAUGGAGAAGGUCCGCGUGGCGCUCGCCGAAGCAAUGGGCCUCCCGGCGAAUGAAAUCAUCUUCACCGGCGGCGGGACGGAGUCGAAUAACAUCGCCCUCCAGGGCUAUCGCGUUCUGCGCGAGGAGUGGUCGCACUCCUCGACCAAAGGCCCGCAGAGGAUGGACGACGCAAUCGAAAAGAAGAACGGCGACGAGGAGACUGUCGUGCGGGUGGUGGAUUUGGUAAAUCACGAAACCGGCUCCAUCUCGCGGGAGUUUAAACGCCCACCGAAUGGGCGACUUCACGUGGACGCCUCGCAGGCCUUUCUCAAAAUCGAUUUCCGCUCGCUUGACCUCUCGGAGGUCGACUCGAUGACCGUGACCGCGCACAAAAUCAACGGCCCGAUCGGGAUCGCCGCGCUGUAUUUGCGGGGGUUGAAAUGCCAUAAACUCUACAGCGGGGGCUCGCAGGAAAAGGGAAUUCGCCCCGGGACGGAAAACCUCCCUGCGAUUAUUGGUUUCGGCGCCGCGCUAAAGCUCGAUCGAAGUCAUUCCCAACAUCGUGAAAUUGAGGCGUUUGUCGGGAAGGAAUUGGAGGCUCUCGGGUGCGAACUAAACCGGCGGGGGGAGACGAGCGGGUUUAUCGUCCACGCGACCCUUCCAGCGGGGUAUGAUAAUACUGAGGUGGUUUCUCUGCUUUCGACGAAAUAUCGCGUGGAAAUAGGGACCGGGUCGGCGUGUAAUUCGGGCGUCUUGAAUACCACCGUCUAUGACACACUGGGGAAGCUGCCGGAGCCUCGGCGGUCGAUCCGAUUAAGCUGGGAUUGCUAUAAUACAAUGGAAGAGGCGGAGCGCGUGAUGGGAGCCUUCAGCAAGGUUCUCGCAGAGAAGAAACCCCACCGGUGA